GGUCGUCAAGUUGUAACAGUCUCUACCGUGACAUUUUAAAUUUAAACAAGCGAUUUAAGGUUACUGAGCUAGCAAAGAGCUAGCGCCACUACUUCCGGUUAUUAUUAUUUUUGUUCUUGUGACUGUUUUAUUUAUUUCAAUAUUUUUUCCUCAUAAAUAUAUAACACGGAUAUAAAUAGCGGAAAUGAAGAUUUCUGACGAAAGCUACAAAGAUCUUCACGUGUUUCAGAUGGAACAUCCCAUAAAUGUCAUGGAUUGGACUUCACAGAAGACCGUAUGCACAGCAGGAAGUGGAUCAUCGAAAAGUGAAAUCCUAGAGCUUUGUUUGCCUCCCAAACUCUUUGCCGAUGAAAAUAAGAGUCUGUGUGCAGGGCGAGACUUCACUGUUCUUCAUGGUGCUUUCACUGACAGAAUAGUUAGCUGCCUUCAACAUGUUCCAGGAACACGAUGUAUUGUUACCGGUGAUGAGUUGACCUCCGACCUCCAGGUGUGGGACUUGGGAGGAGAUGAGAGUGACAUCAUUAGGAGAACAGGGAGCAUUAAAGGGAAAAGCCAGGUCUCCGAGGGAGGGGUGAGAAUGGCAACUACGCCCACUCAUCCACCUCAAAUUCUUCAUGGAUCCACGAUCUGUGAUAUUCAUCUGACGGAACUAAACACUGGAACUACACUGUACAAAAAUGAGAGUGACUCAGCAGAACCACUGAGUUCCCUACAGUUCCUGAAUGACCGUGUUUUUCUUGCAAGCUGCUGCAACGGGGAUGUUUACAUUGCAGACAGUCGGAUGUCUGCAUCUUGUCGACUGUCAUCUCCUCCAGAAUCUUUAGACCGGUGUAACCUGUGGUGGACCAAUGCCUCUGUGGGCCCAGACCUGUCCAGCUGCAGGAUCAUUAGCCUGUCUGCCACUGGGGAAGCUGUGGUGUCAGACCUGAGAAACCAGAAAAAUCCAAGGAACGUUGUGAGCCGAGCUCAGUUGAACCUUCAGACCCAUCAGUGCAACCUGGACCAUGUGAUGCUGUGGUGGGCUCCUGAACUAAAAGAUUGCUUUUCUGUGUCAGGUUUCAGUGGAGAAGUUCAGAUCUAUGACACGUCACAUUGGAGGACCGAGCUACAGGAAGUUCAACCACUGUUUCAGCACUGUGGUCAUGCGGUUUCAUCUACACUGUCUGAUAGAGAUGUUCCUCCUUUGGUGACCUCCCACAUUUGGCAUCCCAGCAGUCCACAAACACUACUGUCAGCAGCCUCAGAUGGAUCUGUCCAUGUGUGGGACUGGGUCAUACCCUCGGGUCCAGAGCCAGAACAAUUGUGAAGGCGUUGCUCCCCCUGGUGGGGAGCAAAUGUGUAACUUGACUUAAAUGUUUUUAUGUUUUAAAAUAAAAAAGGAGAAAAGACUUUAAGUCUGACUCCAAGAAAAAACGUUUUUACUUCAAAAUAUAUGUAAUGCCAUAAAAUCCUGUUUUCAAGAAGAAAAAAAGAAAAUCCUGAUGCGAAA